AUGGAAUUAUUUGAUCAGAUUAACGACUUUCUUAGUGAUAAAUGUGAAAUGAAAUUGCUGUCAACAACGGAUGGAAAAGCAUUUGUCAGUUAUUUGACAGACAUAUUUGAGAAACUUGGAAACUUGAAUAAACAACUUCAAGGUGCAAACAUGACACUUAUUGAUGCAAAAGCAAAGAUUUUUGGAUUUAUUACAGCUCUCGAAUUAUGGAAAAAGAAAUUUUCCAAAAGAAAUUUCAGUGAACUUUACUGGUUGAGUAAAUGUGAAAUAACGAAUGAUGCUGGCAUUGUAAUUAUUGAUCAUUUAAAUAUCUUGAUAAAGGAUUUCAAUGACAGAUUUUGCGAUUUAAAGGCAAUGAAUUUUCCUUCUUGGUUAACUCAACCGCUUCUGAUUAACGUUUCUGAUGCUACAAUCCAAUACCAAGAAGAGUUAUCAGAAUUACAACAUGAUGAAUCAGUGAAGACUUUGUUUAAAUUGAAAGGUACAAAGAUGUGGCUAUAUGACGAGGUUGAAAGAAAAUAUCCUAAAAUUUCUACAUCAGCGAGAGAGCUACUGAUUCCUUUCCCUUCGUCUUAUUUGGUCGAAUGUGGUUUUAGUGCAGUUGAUAAUUUGCUCGAAGCCAAGAGAAACUGGCUUGAGAUUACAAAACGUGGCGAUUUACGACUGAAAUUAACAAAGUUGUCUCCUCAAAUUAAAAACUUGUGCUGUAUGCAUCAGGCACAGGGUUCUCACUAA